CCCCUUGGUAAGGUACGGAGUGCUUAUCCCAUAUCGCCAGGAAAGCAAUUACAAUAAAAUAAGACUUAUUUGGGGGUGGGGGGGAACAAACACUAAUCGAUUUUCAAAACGAGGAACCCAGCAUCGUAAAGCACAGGCAAGAGUCAGUAAUGGCAACUUCCACAUUUUGAUUGCGUUUUCGCUUGCUGCAAUCGCUUCUUCGCUUGAAAUGGCUAACGUCAGAGUGUUCGCGCUUGUGCUCUUCUUCCUCGCGUUAUUCACCGGAGCGCAAACUGUUCCCUUCAUCGUUUUGCAUGGUAUUGGAGACGCAUGCAAAAAUUCGGGCAUGCGAAACUUUAUUAAGAUUCUAAGCGAGAUGUCUGGUUCACCGGGAUACUGUUUAGAAAUUGGAAAUGGAUCAUGGGAUUCUUGGACCAAGCCUCUAUUAAAACAGACAGCUAUUGCCUGUAAGAAGGUAAAGAAGAUGAGUGAUCUAGGUCAGGGUUACAACAUCGUGGGACUUUCUCAGCAUAUUGGUUCUUUUGGUUAUCAGGGAAACUUGAUUGGUAGAGGAAUAAUUGAAUUUUGUGAUGGAUCACCUCCUGUUAAGAAUUUUAUAUCAUUGGGAGGUCCACAUGCUGGUACCGCUUCUGUUCCUUUAUGUGGAUCUGAGUCAGUAUGCACCCUUAUUGAUAUUGUACUCCAAUUAGGGAUCUACAGCCGGUUUGCCCAGCAAAAUCUGGCUCCCAGUGGCUAUGUUAAAAUACCAAUAGAUAUAGCUGGCUAUACUGAGGGUUGUAGGUUCCUUCCAAAGCUUAAUAAUGAAAUCGCAAAUAAGAGGAAUUCCACCUACAGGCAACGGUUUACUAACUUGCAGAAUUUGAUUCUCAUAAUGUUUGAAGAGGAUAAAGUUUUAAUACCAAAGGAAACAGCAUGGUUUGGUUAUUAUCCAAAUGGAGCCCUCCAUCCUGUUAUACCUGUGCAACAGACUGAGCUCUACAUUGAUGAUUGGAUAGGUUUGAGAGCUCUUGACGAAGCUGGGAAAGUUAAAUUCAUCAACGUAUCAGGAGAUCAUCUGGAUAUCUCUCGUAAUGACAUGAAAACUUAUAUAGUGCCGUAUUUAACUGAUCAAACAUCGAUAGCUCCACGGCCAAAACUAGAACAUUCUUCUGCUUCGAUUUCUUCCAUUUGGAGCUCUCUGUUGGAAAUGUUUGGAGUCAACGAAGAUUUGACAGUUCUUUCUAAUGAUAUUUAGAUUGAAUAAAGGUGCAAAAACAAUUAUUUUUUGUGUGUAGAAAUGAAACAGCUGGUAUCUACUUCGGCAUCGUAUUCGAAAUCACAAAGUCAAGUUUGAUGAAGAAAAAUGAUCGAUUAUCAAAUAGAAGAUUUGGAGACAAGAACUUGGUUUUCAAGUCAGAAAAUAAUUGCCCACAAUCGAGUGUGGUCCUUAUUGAGUUUGAUACCAAAAUCUUAAAUAACUGAUCUCAGGCGUUUCGACGUGUUUGUAUCAAAAUCUUAAAUUAAGAUAUUUUAGCACGGUUAGUUUUUAAAUUUAAUAAAAAUGACUUAAAGUGUAUUU